UAAAUUUCGAUUGUAAGUGUUCUAGGAGGUAACAUAUCUAGGUGAAGAGUUCCUUAGCUCAAUUCGAAAUUUCCGGGUCCCACAUUACCGAUGUCGGCUCUUCAUAAGAUGAUUUUGAGCAUUGAACAACACAGCAGAAUGCCCUUUGGUCUUGGCUAUAUAAUUACUGAAUUUUCAGGAACCUCCACAAGUCAAUCCAGCACAGUUGGAAUCUCUUGGUUCAUUAAUGAGCCCUCUUGGCUUAGUGGUAAAGCGUAUCACUAGUAUGACUUCGGUCAGGAAAUGAUAAGAUCGCUCGUUCGAUUCGGGCAGAGGGCAUCCUUUUUGCUGGCUGUUUUUCGUGUCGUCUCAGCUUUUUGCUCUUGCUCUGCAUGCAUGUAUCCGGUCCGUGUGGGGAAUCUUAAGAUGCGGGACGCGGACCACGUGCCUUUUGCGCCAUCCUACUCCUACCCACUUCAAAACCACCUACGCGCGACAACUCAGGGGAGUGGGUUUUUGAAGUGUAUACCGGUGUCAUUGUCCAUACCGCUGACGAGACGUCACUUACUUCUGCACUGCCUCGAUCUCGUUUGCCUGUUUGAUGAACACUGGAGUCGGCCGAAAUUGCGACUUGUCUUCUCCCAGCUCAAUCUAGCAACCAGCCUGGGCCGCAUGGUUCCGAGGCGACGACGAAUCGCUGCAGGCAAAACCUGGCUGACGGAUCGUCGGCCCACGUCAUUCAAUUUGACCACACCGUGGCUGGUGUGAUCGAUCAGGAAUGUGGCGAUGGCUGGACGUGCUGUGCUCACUGAGUGCACCACAGUGCGCUUGUGCAAUGGCCCACCUUUCCGUCUUUCCGGUCUGUGAAAAUCCUCCAGCCUUCGCAACAUCAAACAUGGCGGGAAUCUUCGCACA